AUGAUUCAAGAUGACAAUUAUAGUUGUCUUUCUUUGUCCCCUGAAGCGAGUUCCUCUUUGUCUCAUAUCAGACGCGAAAAUACUAUAUUCCAAGAUGAUGAUAUUAAUUUUUUCUCUAUACCACCUGAGACUAGUUUUAUUUUUCCUUAUACCGAAUAUGAUACUAUGACUCAGGACAAUGAUAAUAAUUAUUCCUCUUCGAUUACUGUGACAAGUUCUUUCCCAAGUUUUUCUGAGAAUAAAGAUAUGCUGGAAGAACCGCACUAUUAUUUGUUUGAUUCAGAUUCUA